AUGGCACAAAACCAUCUCUUGGCCCUUGAAAACUUCCAAAUGUUUGAAUCACUAUACUCUAAAAGGUUAGCCAAGAUCUUCGCUUCGUCUUCUCCACAAUGCUGGCGAUGGAUCUGGUCAAAGGAGUCUGAUAAACAAAUUGGAAAAGCCAAAGUAGAGUAUCAGCAGAAAGUGAAGGAUGUCCAGAAAGACCUGGAAAGUAAAUAUAAAGACAUUAUUGUUGAAAACCGACGUACAGUGGCUCAUUUGCAAAUUGAGCUUGAAAAAGAAAAGAAUCGGACACUGAGUUACCGUAAAGCUCUCAUUUCUCAAAGUCAGAAACUAGUUGAAGAGAGGAAGCUCUUGGAACAUGAGCAAGACAAGUUAAAAGAAGAAGUAAAGUCAGCCCAAAAGAGUGGAGCAGCAGGAGCUUUGUACGCAAGCUACCUUGAAAAAGAAAAUAAGUGGCAGACAAAAGCAAAAUGCUUACUCAAUGAAUUUGAAGAAGCCCUCAAAGAAAGACAGGACAUUUACUGUAGCUUUGUAGCACCUAGGAAAAAGAGAAUAGACAUAGAAAAAACCCUGCUUGUUAAAGCUGCAACUAAUCCAGUAGCAGUCGAAUUAGGAAUGUCAGAAGGCUUGGUAGACAUUUUUAAGCAUGACACCCAUUGUGCUGUAUUGUUGAACAUCAAUAAGCAAGAGAAUGGUAGACUAAUGUGGUUGUAUUUAAAAUACUGGGAAUUGCUAGUAGACUUUAAAAAAUUUAAGAGAGCUGAAGAAGCCGUUGUGGGCGUAACG